AUGGCUCAAGAAAUCCUCCGCGACUCGACUUUGGGUCUGCUAAUUCGCUUUGCGACUGGCGGACGCGUGUUGAAGUAUCCCGAGGAAGUAGAAGGCUUUCAGAUUCCCUCUGCAUACCACCAUGGCGACGAAAAGCGCCAACAAACUGUCGACUCCACGGCAUCGACACAAGCAGCACCGACCCCAGCAGAGGAGAAGGAUGUCGACGUGGAGAAAGACGCUGCUCCCGCAACACAUCCACCUCUAGACCGCGGCAGUACUCUGCGAAACACACAGACAGCGCCAGAUCGGGAGUUCUCUGAUUCCGAAGAUGGAGAUGGACACAGCAUCAGCCACAACCUCUCGCAGAUCACCUCACGCGCUCAAAUGAGCCAGGUCAACACCCGCGCAGAUCUGGAGCAGGCUUAUACCAAUGCGAGUUACCAGGAGCAGAUCAAGACGCAACCUUCGCGCCCGAUCGCGCCGACUCGAACAGCUGAUGGAACGAUUCUGGUAGAUUGGUACACGACCGACGACCCGGAGAACCCCCAAAAUUGGACCCAUCGCAAGAAGGCACUCGUCGUGCUGCAGAUCUACUUUUACACGCUUGCAGUCUACAUCGGUUCGGCCAUCAUCACGCCUUCCCAGCCUUACAUUGAGGAGAUCUUUCACGUCACGCCUGAGGUUGCAUCGCUCGGUCUGUCGAUGUACGUUCUGGGCUACGGAAUUGGGCCCAUGAUAUUUUCACCAAUGUCAGAAAUGCCCAUCAUCGGUCGCAAUCCUCCAUACAUGGUCACAUUCACCAUCUUUUUGGCGAUCUCUAUCGGAGUCUCCUGCGUCAACAACUUCCCAGCACUGAUCGUCCUGCGAUUCCUGCAAGGCUUCUUCGGCUCGCCUUGUCUAGCCACUGGUGGCGCUAGCAUUGGAGACAUCUACAACUUGUUCCGCCUGCCUUACUAUCUCACCGGCUGGGCAGCGUUCGCGACAGCUGGCCCUGCACUUGGCCCGCUCAUCUCUGGCUUCUCCGUCCCUUACACCAACUGGCACUGGUCCUUGUGGGAGAUUGUCUGGCUCGCAGCACCGGUCUACGUUGCGCUCUUCACCAUGCUCCCGGAAACUUCAGCCGACACUAUCCUCCUGCGCCGCGCUGCUCGCCUGCGACAUGCCACCGGUAACCCGAACCUGAAGUCCCAAUCCGAGAUCAACCAGUCACAACUGACGCUCGGCGAAAUCGUGGUCUCGAACCUCUGGCGACCAGUGCAGAUCAACGCGCUCGACCCCGCCGUGCUCUUCACCUCUAUCUACAUCGCCCUCAUGUACGCGAUCUUCUACAGCUUCUUCGAGGUGUUUCCCUUCGUGUAUGCUGUGGGCCUCCCUCGAGCUGGCAGUGUUACAAAAGGCUACGGACUCAACGCUGGUGAGAUUGGUCUGAUCUUCUUGUCCAUCAGUGUUGGUGUCUCAAUCGCUAUUCCGAUCUACCUGUGGUACCUGAAGUACAAGUUCGAGCCUCAGAUUCGCGCUCGUGGCCUGGGUGCGCCUGAGGAGCGUCUUGUGCCGGGCCUCUAUGCUUGCUUCUUGGUGCCUGUCGGUCUCUUCGUCUUUGGCUGGACAGGCUUCAACUCCCCAAAAAUCCACUGGAUCGUCCCAACUCUCGGCAUAGUCAUCUUUACCGUCGGCAUCUUCAUUCUCUUCCAGGUCGUCUUCAUCUACAUCCCGCUCACCUACCCACAAUACGCCGCCAGCUUGUUCGCAGGCAACGACUUUGCUAGGAGUUCGAUCGCAUGUGGUGCGAUCCAUUUCAGUAGGCCAAUGUUCUUGAACUUGGGUGUCGGCCCAGGUGUGAGUCUGUUGGCUGGUUUAACAUUCGGCGGUUGUGCGGGCAUUUGGGGGUUGUGGUAUUUCGGUGCGACGUUGAGGGCGAGGAGUCGGUUUGCUGCUAAGUGA